AAAUCAGAUAUUCUAAAUAAUAAUCGCAAACUCUGCCAUGAGGGAGAAGUAAGUUGGCGCUCGGCACGGGGGAAAUAUACUGAAGUCAUAGCGAUACUACUUAGUGAUGUACUUAUGUUUUUUCAAGAAAAUAAUCAGAAAUAUACAUUUUCAAACUUGGAUCAGAAGUGUGCGGUGGUUCCAUUACACAAAUUAAUGGUACGUAAUGUGGCAACAGAUAAGCAGAGUAUUUAUCUUAUAAGUCCACAUAAAUAUGGUCCUGAAAUGUAUGAAAUUCAGUGUUCAUCUACAGAAGUCAGAGACAAAUGGAGAAGACAUAUUGAAGACGCUGUUAAACACUGCCCAGAUGAAGAUGAAGGUAACUCCAGUACUCAUCACUAUCAUACUGUGUCGUUUGGAGCAAAAGCUGCUAAAGUUACAGAUUUACUAGAUCAAAUGAAACAAAAAGACACUGAUAUUCAGAGAACGCUUGCAGACAAGUGGAAUCUCUUAGUUGAGAUGACAGACUUGAUAGGAAAAGCUGAAGUGUCAGGAAUAAAAAAGAUGACGUACAUGAUUGAGGGUCAUUCUUCUGAAAUCCCACAAACCAGAGAAUUAUUAAUGGCAGCAAUUCAGGAAUCUGUUAAGUUAACCUCCGCUGUUUAUGGUGCUGGAGGACUGAGUAGAAGCGCCACCAGUGUCGGAGAAAGUGAAAGUGGCACAUACCAAUCUCCCUCAUUACCAAAACGAGCUGAAACAUUUGGUGGAUUUGACAGCACUGGCCAGUCUAUCUUGCAGAAAGGUGGGCCAUUAAAGAAGAAAUAUCAUAUGACUUCUAUUGAUUCUGAGGCACGUAGUAGCAGUUCACCAAAUCUUACAAAAGGAGAAGGCGAUAGCAGUAGUGAAGAGGUAACAACAUCACAAACUGACAUAAAGGAAAGACGUGGUAGUGUUAGUAGUCCUGACUUACAGAAGAUGUCAAAACAAGGAAAUGCUGUACGAAGCUUGAGUGAUGCUGAUAAAACAGAUGAGAAUAGGCAGCAUAGUACAAGUCCUAGUUUCCUCCAGGCAAAGCUGCAUCAGAAUUCAAGUGAUUCCUUGAAAGAUGAAAAUGGAAAAUUAUCUGAUACCGGAAGUGACAGAGAAUCUAUAGGUAAGGUUAUCUCUACUGUAACCAUGACCCAA